CCCAAAGCUUGCUUGAAAGCUGUUCCCAAAGCAAUCGCACUGUCCUGUAGAGUGUGAUGAUCGUCAAUCCAUAGAUCCCCUUUACACUUCAUUGUGAGUGACAUUCCUCCGUGUUUUGCGAGAGCGCUAUACAUCUAGAUAGCGAUGAAAAGUUGACUUCUCCUUUUCUCGCAAUGAAUGAACAGAACUCGCGUGGUCGAGGAAACCGAUUCCUGUAGAUACAUCGAUGACCUGAUUGAUGCCUGAGCCUGGAGCACAGUCCAGGUUGAGGGUGACUUCUAUCGAAGUUUCAGUCGUCGAACGUUUAACUGUUGCCUGUCUUGCCGCCAUUCCGACAGAGUGGAGGUAGAGAAGUCGAUAGUAAACAACGUCAAAUAAAUCAUUUUUGGGUUGGCCGGGCGUCUGCCGGAAUACGCCAUGGCCAUGGCCUCUCCUCUACAAGUCUGUCAGAGGUCAUCGACGCGUCUUCUUCGCGGUGUUCGACCUCGACAAACAUUUUACUAUUGUUCUCCAUGUCUCUAUCAACGUCGAACUUUUCUAGGGCUCUUUGGUCGCAACUCCAAGUCACAGGGAAAAGAGGAACGACCAGAGCCAGAACCGCUGCUCUCCGAAGAUGACCUGUUUCACCGAUUUUCAAAAUCUCCUUUUCCGCAAGUUCGUGGCAGGGGUGAAGUCAUUUCAUCUAUGGCACCAUGUCCAGUGUGUGCCGCAUCACAUAGUCAUGCACAUGCACAUACGCAGGCUCAACCCAAAACCGUGUCAUUCGAAUGUCCGGAUUGUGGUUGGCCGACUCAUUGUUCGGAGGAACAUUGGAAGGAGGAUAAGGAACAUGAAAAAUAUUGUUCCCGUCUCAGAGAAGCUAACGAAGACGAGCACGACUUGCGUAGCGGUAGAAAGUUCCCAGAGUUUGAAUUACCAGGACCUCAGGGGUAUGACGAAGCUCUUUCCUUCGCGAAUUGGGAUGUAUUCUGGUACACACGCGGGUUCAAUUCCAUGGACACCGAGCGGUCACGUAGACAUGCGAGUAAAUUAUUAACAUUUCCUAUUACGAUCGGGAGUGUUUUGCACCAACAUAGCUCACUCAUGUUGAACAACCAGCGUUUGACACCGGAGGGCAGUCGUUCUAUGGCUGCCAUCAGAUCCACACUUCAUGUCGAACCUGGGGCACCCGAGACUCACGAGGCUUCGGUUGGCAAACCGCAGGUUCGGAUAUUCGUCCUCGGCGCCCGCGCAGAGUCAUCUCUUCCUCCUCAUGUCUGGGAGCAAUUGGGGUUUCUGUUUCCCUCUGCCAACUUCCAUGUACUCUUCGUCGGACCACAAGUUUCCCUUCCGAAACAACAGCAGGCACCCCAGAAGGAAGCCCAAGACGAUCCGACAUCUCCGACAUCGACAUCAGAGCAAGCAGAACCUGCAGUAUCCAAUGAAUCGACAUCUAGCGAUAGUUCUGCCACCGAUAUUGUAGAGAAGCCACUUUAUGUCCCCAAUGUCUACCAACCCCCGACUCCGGCUCCAAUACCAGCACUCAAAUGGACAAGAUCAUCUUUGACACGAUAUGGUGUGCCGUCAUACACGACCCCAUAUUCAUAUCAGAUGUCUAUAUCAGGACUACAGAGCAAUUACGCAGAUGUUGAUCAUCUCUUCGAAGAAACACUUGACCCCUACAGUGAUGUGUUUUUCUUCUUCUCGCCCGGUUUUGGCUUCCCUUCUCCAACUUGUACUUCAGAAACGGGUGAACCCGUACUUCAGAUCAGCUCACCUGCGGAAUGGGGUCCCGUUCUUCCUAGAUUGCUGGCCUCUAAAUGUCCCAUCUUCGUGACAGGCUUCUCACCGGCGGACGUAGAAAGAGAUGUGAAAUCAUUGUCGACUGCACCUGGGGUUGCUGGUGAGUUCGAAUGGAUUGUUACACCUGGCCCUAAUCCCUUUGGGAGCGAGAAGUGGGAAGUAGCCGAUUUCGAUCCGAGAGUUAUGGUCAAAACGAACUGGGGUAUCUGGGGGAUUAGAGGAAAGAGUAGGGAUAUCCAAGAAAGGAGCUUUUUUGAGGGCCUGUUUACUCGGUAG